GUACUGGAGGCUGAGCUCAGAGAAAGUAGCCCAGUCAAAUCAAUGUCUGCUCACAUGUGAAGGGUAGGUGAAAGAGAAACUCGAAAGGCAGGACCCAUUAUUUGAUGUGAACAUUUUCUUCAAGUCAGGGAUAUGACAAUGCAGGUUCUAAUGAAACUUUGCCAAGGGCAAAGAGCAGUGUGUCCAAUUCUUAAUCUAUCUACAAAGAGUUUCAUCAGGAAUAAAGUAUGGAAAGCAUCAUCUGUGCUUUCAACAAGGAACAUUGCAUCAAAAAUGCAAGAACAUUUUCUAACCACACACUUUGGCAGGAGUCCUCUUCGCUCAAGGAGUAUAGUUUGUCUUGUCCAGCAGCGACUCCUAAGUACUUCAAGAGGAGUAACCAGCAAAGUAAGUGACAUGGUUUCAGGUGAUGAAGAGGAUCCAGAAUUCAAAGCAUUCUACCGUCUUCCAUCCAUUGUUCAGCUGAAGAUACUAUCAAGGAUCAAGAUAGUCCAGACUGGAUUAACACUAGCUCUCAUCCCUCCUAUCUAUUACUACCAUGAUGCAGGUGUGUUGAUGACAUGGCAGCUUCAGUUCUCUGUUGGUAUCGCAACCUUUGCCCUCUUCAUGCUUUAUGCCAUGAGCUUCUUCCUAAGGCGAAUGAUUGGAGCGAUGUACCUACAUCGUGAAGGAGACAUUAUCAAAGUCUCCCAUUUGACAUUCUGGGGAGGCAGGAGAGAUACUGUUUUCCCGGUAAUGGAUGUUAUCCCCCUGAGCGAAGGAAGCAAUAGAGCAGAUGAUGUACUCUUAAAGUUGGAGAGAUACAGCACAAAGGAUAUCCUUUAUUUCACCCUGCCAUUUGGACGUGUCAUUAAUGCGGAAGCCUUUGAAAGCGUAUUUGGUCAACCUUAAUGAUGCAAAUCUAUAAGUCUGUCAAUGAACAUAAUUUUUGGCAUAAACUUUUUCCAGUUUUUAGGGCAAACCCCCAGAAAAGUCUUCAAUAUGAGUUUUACUUUUGCAAUCUGGAAAUUAAGUAAUGUUCAUGUCCCUCCCCUCUCCUGCCCUGAGAAAAACUUGGCAAAAACCAUAUAAAACUUUAUCCUGUUAUAUUAUUUGGCAGGGUUCAUGUAUAAUCAUUUCAAAAACAUUUAAGUUCCAAACAAGUAAUACACAUUUUGUUUAUUUAGUAAGAGAUUGAGCUCAAUAAUAAGUCCCCCCCCCACCGAGAAAAAAAAUGUGAUGAAUCUAAAAUGACAUACUUGUAUUUAUUCUACACCCCCCCCCUCCCCUUAAAAAAAUUAUGUCCAGAUUGUGCUUCCCUCUUGAUACAAGAAAAAAAGUAACAUGAAUAAAAAUUGUUUCCAUUUUCUUGCAUUCGAUAUCUAAGAGUCAAACAGCAUCAUGAAUAUGUUGCAGACAAUACACAUGUCAGAUUUUGAUACUUAAGUUUUGAGUGAUAUUCACAUCCAGGUGCACUAUGCAUAAGUGAGAUCUCUUUGAAUAUUGAAUUUCAUUCAUCUUUGAUUUAUCUGAAAAACUACUUUAACUUGGCUGGCUCAUUACUUUAUGGGUGCUUAUUGUAUGUAAUUGAGGGCACUAUUUCAUGUGAAAUAUAUAUUUAGUGGUUUCAUGCAGUAUCUGAAGAAGAUAGGAGUGGGAUUCUUCAAAUUGUGAAAUGCAUUAAACAAUUUUUAAUAUAUAGUA